AUGAAGAGGAGGAGCAGGGAAGAUGAAGAGGCCCAGCCCGGUCAGACCAAACUGGUAAAGAAGCAGGACAUGUACAACGCUGGACGCAAUCAGAACAUGCACAACGCUGUUUGGGAGCACCAGGACAUGCACGGCGCUGCAGUGACCGAGCAGGGCGUGUGCAAUGCGGCGUCGGAUAGCCUGGACACAUCCAACACGGGAUGGAGCAAGCAGGACAUACGCCGCGCUGAAUCAAUACACGCGGUGGCUGAUGACGGAAAGCAAGACGGUGCUACUCCUGCGUCCGUUGGUGCGCAGCAUCACACAGUCUCUCGCGAAGGGCAAAGCACCAUCACGGCUUUCUCCAACAAGCUUGCUCGAUCUCAAUAUACGACUGCACCCAUCAAUACGCCCGCCGGUCCGUCAGCCGGUACAUCACAUACGUCGCUUUCUACACCUGGAACGAGCCUCCCCGAGUUCCAAGGUUUUUUCAAGCGGUUUGCUCGCCCGCGAUCUGUCAAUGCAUCUCGCCUCAACCCGCCCACGGCUCUCUCGGACGGGUUGCUUGGAAUGGACAGCUCCUCCCCACUUGAUACCACGGACCCGCCCGCGGCUCUCUCCAACGGGCUGCUUGGAAUGGACACCUCCUCUCCACUUCAUACCACGGAUCCGAAUGAUGGUGGAUCAAUCUCACCGUCUCAGUAUUCAUCCAGGGCUGUCGGAUUACUCGACCUUCCCUACGAGCUGCGCUUUCGUAUCUACGAGUUCGCAUACUACGAAGAGCGUCAAGUGAAAAUCAAGCAUCGCAGUGACUGGGAGUGGGAGAAUGCGAGGCGGCGGGACCUCGCGCUCAUCGGCCCACUAAGAAGCGCAGCUCACGUGGUAUGUAUCUGAAUCUCCCCUUCCGCUUAAGGUCUAACUGACUGGUUGCAGCCUACCACACCCCCGUCCGCAUUUUGGAGAGACAUGACUGUCAGCCGAUCGUACUUUCGAGAGGCUGUCGAUGUCUGGAUGACGGGCACGACUUUUUGCUUUCGUCACGACCAAGACUUCGACAAGUUUAUCGGAACUGGCCAUCCCAUCGAGCAGCAGUUGCUGGACCGUGUCAUCUCCAUCGUCGCGAGAAUCCCCUUCCACAUUUGUCCACGCAAGGAUCUUGGCCCACUCAUGCCACGGUUGCGUCACUUAACCCUGGACUUCACCUGUUACGAAUGGGAAAGACAUCGUAUAGGACCGGUGUACCAGAACUACGAGGAUGAUGAUCUCCAGAGACACCCGACUUUGCGCCCCAUUUUGAGCCUUCGAGGGCUCGAGGAUGUCCGAAUUUCUUGGCAGGUGCCUUUGCCAUGGAUCUUCGUUCCGCAGGUCGGAGUCAAGUGGGCGGACUUCAAAGAGCAGACUGAGCGUCUGAUUCAGAGAAUGAUCAAGCAGCCGCAUGAUCCAUAUCUCCUGGAAGGGUGGCUGAAGCCUUUGAUGCCCGAGCCAGAGCCAGCACUGACGCCUUCAUCCCCCUCUCACAUGGACCAGGAAUUUUCCGGUGCAGCGGUGCAGCAAUCUGACGCCUUCGCGGUCCAGAACGUUGAGGUGCCCGAGCCACAGCGAGCACUGACGUCCUCAUCCCCUUCUCACAUGGAUCAGGAACUUGACGGUGCAGCGGUGCAGCAAUCUGGCGCCUCCGCGUCCAAGGACGACAAGGUGCCAGCCACCAAAGCCGACCCGGGCCGGGUGUACCGGACGCGGAGGUAUACCCGUGAGCAGGCAAUACUUGCUCAGACUGGGCAGGUGAGCAUUGCUGGCGCUGUCACUUCCUCGGCCCAGCUUUCGACGCGCGCGAACUAG